ACUCAAAGGACGAAAGGGUGACAAAGGCAGCAGGGGAUACCUCGGUCCACAAGGAGAUCUUGGUUUUAAGGGCAAGCAAGGACCUGUGGGUGUUUCUGGGAGAACAGGACCCAAGGGGGAACAGGGCGCUAUUGGUCCACCGGGUAGACAGGGGCGUGCUGGAUACCCAGGCAUUCCGGGCUCGUUUGGACAAAAAGGCCUCAAAGGCUUAGAAGGCCUCCCAGGACCAAAAGGCAAGCCAGGCCUACCAGGUGCACCUGGAAUUCCUGGACUCCCUGGUCCUUCACUAAAUAUCUCAAGGGAAGAACUGAAGCAACUGAUUUACUCAGCAAGCAAGCUGAACUACAGUGUGGUGUGGAUGCUGAUGGAUAGUCUAGGCCGGGAAUUGAAGCUCUUGGUGGAACCCCCGAAUGGCACCAAAGACUACCCUGCUGCGUCUUGCCAAGAACUUCUGCUGGCUCAGCCUCACCUUCCAGAUGGCUAUUAUUAUAUAGACCCCAACCAAGGAAGUCCCCAAGACUCUUUGUUGGUGUUCUGCAAUUUCACUGCUGGGGGAGAAACGUGUAUUUCCCCUGUGCAAAAUCAGGUUCCCAUCAAAGCUUGGUUGAAAGCAUAUACUUCAGAAGACACCUUCCAGUGGCUCAGUUCCCUGCCUGGCGGCUUCCUGCUGGAGUACCAGGGCUUGUCCACCGUGCAGCUCCGUUUCCUGAAGCUCCACAGCAGCCAGGCCACCCAGAAGGUAUCUUAUUCCUGCAGACCUCAUCCUGAUGGGUCCGGCCCACAGCUUGAAAAGGAAAUCAAGUUCCUCACGGACUCCAGGGAACACAGCUACGUGGCCACCUUACAGGGAUGCAUGCUGGACAAUGAAUCCUCCAUCACCGACACCAUAUUCCGUUUCUCCACGGAGGAUCUCAGCCUUUUGCCCUUGCGUGAUCUCGCUGUGUUUCACAACAGUGACGCCUCCCAUCAGUUUGGUUUCACAAUCGGGCCCGUUUGCUUCAGCUAGGAUUGUUUUUAUACUGAUCCUUUUUUCCAUUGGAGGAAAUAAAACUGCAAGAAAUGGAAGAACACCAAAGAGACCCUCUUGCUAUAAUCCCAGAUGGCUUCUGAAGGCUGUAUUUCUUAUUUAUGAAUUCCUUGCUUACAGCCUCAUUACGCUACGGACAAAUGUUUCCUUUUGAAGGAGGGAGAACUAUUAUGUUUACAAGGCUAUUGUUUAAAUCCAUUUGUUUAUGAAACAUAUAUAUAUAAUAUGUAUAAAAGGAGUUAAUUUAAGUAGUAAGGAUAAUAUUUUGGUGAGGCUCUGUCACCUUCUCUCUCUGGAUAGAAGCUCUAUGUUUUUAAUAUCUGCAUAAUAACCAGUUGUAGAAAGGAGGUUCUUUUGUUGCUGAAAGAAAAGCGAAGAUUUCAAAGACUGGAGAGGGACCAUGGCUCAGUGGCUCUGUUCAUGGCUUUGUGUGUGGAAGGUUCAAUACCCAGCAUGUGCAACUGAAGGAUUUGAGAUAGCUGGUCUGGAAGAAAGGCCUUAUUCUACCAGAGACUCACUGCCAGAGUAGACAACGUUGAACUAAACAGACCAAGUCUUUGACCUGGUAUAAGGAAACAGAUUACAAUGUAGUCUGCCACUAUACAAUGUCAGUGUGCUUUUGAAAGAGAGUAGCCCUGGAUAUUGGUAUGUUUGGGGACGUAUUCUCCCUUGGGUUAAGAGGGCUGAAAAUUUAAAGAAAGUUAUGUACAUUCUGAUACCUCAAGAACCAGUGAAAAUGCAUUUGUUGGAAUUACUGUCCAGUAGGCCCUUUCCCCUAUAUACACGAAACUGUUUGCAGCCUGAGAAUACUGCAAUGAGCAAAGCUGAAUUUCUUGGUUUCAGCCUGCUCUACAGCUCUUAAAGGCACCAAAUUUCCGUGCGCAAUAAACUUGGCCACCCUA